AUGUCCGAAAACACCUCGAUCGAUCAAUUAGCGGACGCCGCGGAUCGUAUUUUCUCGCAACUGGAUAAUCAGACAACGCCGGUACACAGUGCUGAAGGACUGGAGACCACAGGUCCUUGGAAAAAACAGUCGAGGAAUUGCAGCGCCAACUGUGACCACACCACCAGUUUCUUCCUCUUUAUUCAGGACUUACGCCUUAAAAUGGCAAACUUAUGCUAUACACCACCGCGGCACUGCCCGAGUGAUAUCUAUUUACCGUUCCAGCUCAAGGACUGCGAAUAUGUAUUUGUACGUAAUGACUCUGUUAAGCGGCCUCUUACGCCGGCCUACACAGGCCCAUACCGCGUUCUUAAACGCGCGGACAAAUAUUUCCAAAUACAAAAAGGUAUUCACACCGACAACGUUUCAAUAGAUCGGUUGAAACCUGCCUUUAUAGAGAAACCGUCGUCUCAUACUACUUCCCAAUCAACUCCGCAAGUUCAGGAGAAUUUUAAGACACCUGUUUCUCUCGACAAGCCUAACCGCUAUCCACUACUCCACCGUGCCGCCUCCAUCCCACCCCCUCUUUCUUUCUUUCUUUCUUUCUUUCUUUCUUUCUUUCUUUUUUUCUUUCUUUCUUUCUAA